AUGUCCGACGAAGAGCGAGAGAGUCCCGUUCUCGGCAAGAGGAGCCGCAAUGGUGGUGAAAAUGCCCAAGAGCAGUUGGUCAAGCAGGAAGAUGUCGAGCCACAGCACGCACAGGCAAAAGCGGAGGAAGAGUCUGAUGACGACGUGGGACCGAUGCCAAUGCCGGCCGAGGGGAACGGGAAUGGCGCUGCGAAGAAAAAGCGCAAAGUGCUCCCUCAUGAGAAACUAUAUCUGGAUCACCUCCCGAGUGCAGACAGAUACUACAAGAGUUUCAUGCACAGGGAUGUCAUCAACUUCUGUGUUAUGACAAAAACGGACUUCCUUCUGACAACAUCUAUUGAUGGUCACCUCAAGCUGUGGAAGAAGCAAGAGCAGGGGAUUGAAUUUGUAAAGCACUACCGUGCCCACCUCGCUCCUAUCAUUGGUGUGUCUGCAAGUACAGAUGGGCAGCUGUUCGCGAGCAUCGCGGAGGACCGCACGGCGAAGGUCUUCGAUGUCGUCAACUUCGACAUGAUCAACAUGAUUAAGUUCGGCUACACUCCGCAUGCUUGCUGCUGGGUUCACCGAAGGGGACAAGCGCAAGGGCUCCUAGCAGUCUCAGAACGAGACAGUGGCACGAUCCGGCUGUACGACGGUCGCGGGAAUGGUCAGCCUUUGGAGACCAUCGACAAGUUGCACAGGUUCCCCGUGCACAUCAUGACGUUUAGCGACAGGUACGAUACCGUAGUCUCCGCAGAUGAAGGUGGAUUUGUCGAGUACUGGAACCCCAUUGAGCCAUUCGAGCUGCCGAAGAAUGUCCAUGGCUUGUGGACAUUCAAAAAUGCGACUGAUUUGUACGAGUUCAAGAAGUCUAAAUCAACGCCGACAUGCGUCACGCUCUCACCAGACUCCUCGUCCUUCAUUACAUUCUCCCUUCCGGACCGUCAGAUUCGUAUAUUCUCAUUCCUGUCAGGAAAGUUGACGCGCAAGUAUGACGAAUCGUUGGAAGCCAUCCAGGAAAUGCAACAAGCCGGAACAGCCAUUUACAAAGUAGAAGACAUGGAGUUCGGCCGUCGUCUGGCGGCGGAGAGGGAGCUGGAGCUGCCAGGGCCAGACGGAACAAUACCAGGCAGAUGGUGCAACGCGAUCUGGGAUGAGACAGGCGCGUUCGUGCUGUAUCCGACCUUGCUUGGAAUCAAGGUCGUGAACACGGUUACAAAUCGUGUUGUGAGACUGUUAGGCAAAGAUGAGACAGUUAGGUUCAUGAACCUCACACUCUAUCAAGGCGCCCCGGCAAAGAAGGGUCUGACGACAGCGGCCGCCGCCGCUUCUGCUAACCCUUUGCUGGCGGAGAAAGCUAUACGCGAUCCUACCCUCGUCUGUACGGGAUACAAGCGCCAGCGGUUCUAUCUAUUCACGCGAUCGGAGCCGGAGGAUGAUAAAUCCGGAGAUCGAGACAUCUUCAAUGAGCGGCCAACCCGCGAAGAACAGACGAUUGCAUCAUCAACGGCCGAGCUAGGGAAGGGCGGACCAUCGCCUCUAGCAAACGCCGCUACCAUUCACACGACCCUGGGAGAUAUGCACCUGAGACUGUUCCCUCAGCAGGCGCCGAAGGCGGUGGAAAAUUUUGUCGGUCACGCGCGGAGCGGUUACUUCGAGGGCGUCAUCUUCCACCGUGUCAUCCCGAAGUUUAUGAUUCAAACAGGCGACCCGUUAGGAGACGGGACGGGUGGCACGUCCAUUUGGGGCAGGGAAUUCGAGGAUGAAUUCUCUGACGACUUGAAACAUGAUAGGCCGUACACGGUUAGCAUGGCGAACGCUGGACCGAACACAAAUGGCUCCCAGUUUUUCAUCACAACGACGGCUACGCCGUGGCUGGACAAGAAGCACACCAUCUUCGGUCGCGUUUUGUCAGGGUUGGAGGUAGUGCAUGCGAUAGAAAAUGUCAAGACGAACAAGUUGGACAAACCCUAUGAGGAUAUCAAAAUUACCAAUAUUGAUGUGGAGUAG